GGUUUCCACCCCCAUAUGCCCGCUACUCGCUAUACUGUCACUGCCAAGGCCCUUGGCGCCGCCAUGUGGUUUUGGGUCAUGUACAAGGCCAAGGAAGAAGGCCCCGUUGUCCUUGGUCUCCGUCAUCCUUGGGAUGGCCAUGGUCACGGACAC